UGUGUUUUGACAAAUGAGUUUCCUGCUUUUGGAAAGUAGUUAAUAUUUUAUUUCAAGUAGUCUUUGGCACUGGUUACUUCUUCGCGAGCGACAUGUUCGCUUUUUACGUUGGUUGAAUUUACGAGGAAAUGAUCGUUGAUUUGCUUUUAAACGAAGUGAUGGAAUGAGAGAUGAUUGACUGUUGCCAGCAGUUGGCAGAGAGGAAGGAGUAUUACAAGCGUCGUCGAGUAAAGUAAACGACUGUGCUCUCGUCAGGCAAAACUGAGAAGCGCGCAAGGCCUUGUUACUGAGAGAUUUCAGAGAAGGAUUGUCGUCUUGAACUUACCAAUGACUGAAGGUAGAUUGCUUGAAUUGUAUCGGGCGAAGAACAAUUUAUCGCUAAAUUAGCAGACAGGUGUAUGCACAGACUGAAAUAAAACAUUUCCACAUGUUGCGUUCUUGAAAGCAAAAACAUGAAAAACGCAAAAGAAAGUAUCAUCACAGCGAUGGGGAAACGCAUAUUCAUUGCUGUGUCGGUUUUAAUGGUUGUAGCCGGACUUAUAGGUGUGCUCUUGGAAGUACACAAGAUGUCACAGGACACCAAUCUUACUCUCGUCAAGCACGACAUCGUCGGCGACUAUGAUGAGCUCUACGACGAGUAUUUUCCUCGUAGCUAUCAUGCCACAGGACUGCUCACUCUUCCCUUCGAUGAUAUCGUUGAGCCUUUUGAGGCGUGGUUUGCGGGGGACAGGAAUAUGAGUAGAAUUGACUAUUAUUAUGGUAUGGACAAAACAAUCCAACGCGGAGACCUUGGUAAGCACGGCAUCUUGUUUAAAAUCGUACCCAUGCACUCCGAGAUGAAACCUUCCAAUAAGGACUUGAUGAGCUGCUGGUACAAACCACUCCCAAAAUGGCUUCCGCGUGCAGGACAGAGUGUCAUACCAACAAAUCUGUCAGAGUUUAAGUUUGUUUCCGAGGAAACGCAUCGAGGACUGCCAUGUCUUAAGUACGAGAGAAAAUACAAACGUUAUAAUAAAAGCAAUAUAUACAGAUUUUACAUAACCAAAAACACGCCUCACAGACCUUUGCGAUACGAGAUGGUGGGCUAUGACGACAUGCUGACGUCACAUUACGAUCACUACGUGUUGGAUUACAUAUCAUUUGAGCCUUGGAGCUUUAACAGGUCCUUGUUUAGUUUGCCGAAAAACUCGAGCUGCGACAAGAAAGCAAAGAAAUUACGUUCACACUACUUAGCAAAUCCUAUGGCGGAAUACAUGCACUUCAAGCAUCAUAAAGAUAGCGAGCUAGACAAGACUUACGAUGACUACAAGGUAACACAUGGCAAGCAUUACACAACUGUGCCAGAACAUGAGCGACGAAAACAUAUCUUCAAGCAUAAUCUCAGAUACAUUCGCUCGAAGAAUCGUGAGAACCUGAAGUACAAAUUAGCUCCAAAUCACAUGGCUGACAUGACAGAAGAGGAAGUGAAUUUGCAUAAAGGAUUACUUCACGUAAAGAAACCUAAGAAAUCCAAGUCAAAUACGCUCGCGUUUAACGAGUCCAUUGUACUUACAAACCUCGUUCCCGAUCAACUGGACUGGAGAGAUUAUGGUGCUGUGACUCGUGUUCACAGUCAAGGUUUGUGUGGAUCAUGCUGGACAUUCUCUGCUCUUGGAGCGGUGGAAGGAGCUCAUUUUCUGAAGACAGGAGAACUCCUCGAACUCUCAAACCAACAAUUGAUUGACUGCUCGUGGCCUGCAGGGAAUCACGGGUGUCGUGGAGGAUUCCAGGACAGGACUCUAAGAUGGGUGAAAAGCAAUGGAGUGGCUUCCAGGCGAGAUUAUGGUCCAUACCUAGCACAGGAAGGUUACUGUCAUUGCGGCAAGUCAGAUAACUGCUCCUUCACUCACAUCAGUGGGUUUUCUAAAGUAAAGAAAAACAAUUCUGACGCACUGAAGGUCGCCUUGGUCACUCACGGUCCCAUUGUGUCCUCGAUAAACUCGGACCAAAAGACAUUUAGGUUUUACAGCCAUGGAAUUUACGAUGAUCCAAAAUGUGGAAAAAAGACGAAUCAUGCUGUAUUGACAGUGGGUUAUAGUGUCGACAAUAACGUUCCGUACUGGAUCAUUAAAAACUCUUGGGGACACCUGUGGGGAGAUGAUGGUUACCUUAACAUAGCCAUGAAUCAUGACAGAUGCGGACUGACGAAUGGACCUUUACUGGCUAUCAAAAAAGAUCCAUCCAUCGCCGAGUUUCCGCUGAAAACACUAAAUAAGGUUCCUAGACAGAGCAUAACGUUUUAUUCCGAGGAGGAAUUGAGCAUUAUUCCAUUCUAGGCAACACGGAAAGUCUUCGGUACAUCAAUGUGCGUGAGCUUAGAACAAAAGGACUUUCCACCCACCACCAACGAGCAUAUACAAGGAAUAAACGAAGCCUGACAUAAUCAAGUUUGGCCUGGCGAGAGUGGAAGGAUCUAAGCGGGAGAAUGUGGUUUCCCUCCGGUAAAGUAGUGGAUGCCCCUUCCCGCCUGUUGGGCACUAGUGAUGACAACUUCUUGAUAACGUCAUACUUUCCGGGUGGUUAAGCCGGCCGAGUCAGUACCUUUCGACGGCUCAGCAGAGAAAUCCGUUGCUAUGUAGGAAAAGUUAAGGAGAAAUAAAUGCUAACGGUAUAACUUUUCUAAAAAGGGAAUGAUAGGCUGUCAUACGAAGCAGGACAACAGACUGAUCACAAAAUUAUUUUGUGCGGGUUGCCCGUUGCAUAGAUGAAAAUUAAAAUGGCUUUUGAGGCCAGCCUGGGCGGUCUAGACAUACUGUCAGUUAAAGGGCUUUAACACUCGAGGUGGGGUAACUUAGGUGGGGUAAGUUUUUCCUUAGGUAGUACAACAGUUUUUCUAAUUUUCACAAAGCAAUGUUUCUGUAAUUUAUUAAGUGUGGUUGACAAAGAAACAGUUAACCUCUUUA